AUGACUGCACCCACCGUUUUAACUGAAAAAGAAAAGUUUCACAUGCAUGUGAGUGAAAUUGAUAGGGCUCCACCAGAAAAAUCAGAUUUAGAUGUUUAUUUAGAGGAAAGUAGGUAUGCUUGUGAUGCAAGGGCAAAUCUGGAUGUUUUAGGUUGGUGGAAAGGAGAAAGAUUGAGAUUGCCCAUCUUGUCGAGGAUGGCUGCCGAUAUACUCUCCGUUCCUGUUACCACUGUGGCUUCAGAAUCUACCUUCAGCGCUGGAGGGAGAGUAAUUGAUGAUCGACGAGCUUCUAUGUCGGUUGAGAUGGUGCAAAUGUUGCUUUGCGGCAAUGAUUGGAUCCGCAGUCUUCAUGGCCUAAAGAAUAAGUCUCGUGUAAGUAAUUGA